CAGACAUGGCAUACAAGUUCAUCAUCCUCUCAGCCUUUGUGGCGGCUGUAGCCAACGCUGGUCUUAUUCCGCAGACCUACCAGAUCAGUCAUGCAGCUCCCUUGACUUACACCAGCCAUGCUAUUCCCAUUGCACACAACGACAUCGAAGAACAUCACUACGAUCACCACCCCAAGUACAAAUUUGCCUAUGACGUGCACGACUCGCACACCGGUGACAUCAAGAGCCAGCACGAAGAGCGCGACGGAGAUGUUGUUCACGGCAGCUACUCCCUCAUCGACGCCGACGGUUACAAGCGUGUUGUCCACUACACCGCUGACAAACACAGCGGAUUCCAAGCUACCGUCCACAGAGAGCCACUUCACCACCACGUCGCGAUCGCUCAUCAUGAGCCAUUAGCCAUUAACACACACUACGCUUACCAUCAUUAAGAAUUUACCUGUUAUAACUAGUUUUGAAUCUAAACACGUGUGAAUGUUAUGACUACUAAGCCUUGUACAUAAAAGAAAUUCUGUGUGCUUAGUUAAAAUCUAUUCAAAAGUAGACCUUUAAAGAUUUAUGAAAAACAAUAAAAAGUAUUUUUGUACAUUUUAA